AUGUUGGAGGUGUUUAAUAUUCUAACGGAAGCCAUGUACAGUAAAGGAGAUGAUCAUUUAUUAACACACGGAAAGUUCAACGCCACUUAUUCAGAAGGUGCAGACGAAUUAAAGGAAGCUACAGACUUCAAUGCGACUGAAUUCAACACGACUUUGGCAAACCAAGUUAAGAAAGAUCUAACUCAAGUAGCGGAACCAAACACUUCAAAUAACCUCAAGCCAUUUAUGAAAGAUAUGGUUGAAAUCUGCGGCAACUAUUUAGCCCAAUAUGCUGAAUAUAAUAAGGACAAAGGACCAGCAUUUAAAUUAUUAGUUAAGGCGAUGAAAACAAAAGGAAGUCAACAGUUGUAUCAAAAGGGCAAAGCGAGGAGAACUUACGGCAAAGCAGCUACAGAACUAGAAGAGGCAAAAGGUAUAGAGAGCGACCAUGAUGACCCAAACUUGUCACAAGAAAUACACAAUGCUCUAUCUAAAUUGGUGGAGAGUCAAACACCUGCUGAUUUAAAAGUAGACAUGAAAGAAACCCUAGACUUGUGCUCUAAAUACCUAUCACAAUGCGCUGUAGAUGAAAUUGAGCGCGGUCCGGCUUUCGAUCUUCUUAUUAAGGAGUUGGAGAAGCACGGACACGAGUCCUUUACUCCAGAAUUUCCAGUUGUGCCCACACGAUUCGCCGCUGCUUACACAUUAAAGUCGGCGCCUGGUUUGACGAGUGUUACCCCGGAUCCAACUACAGCACCAGUUUUUCUCGGCCCCUUGCAUAAAGCUGUCGACACUGUUACUCCAAAGAAUUUGAAGAAAGAUAUGGAUGAGGUGAUCGAACGCUGCGCUAACUACUUGUCCGCAUUCGUUAGAGACAGAGAAAAGGCAAUGCAAGCUCUGAUUCAAAUGAUGAAGAGCAACCCGAAGAAUGACGUUGCUAAGAGACUUAAUUACGGCAUGACUUAUGAUACGGGAGUGAAAGAAAUCGAAUCUGCGCCCCUCAUUGUACCGUUUAUGCCUAUCAAAGACAUCGCGGAUGAAGCUAAAGAGCACCUAAAUAAAGACAUGGAGAAGGUCACACCGCCAAAUUUAAAAAUAGCAAUGAAAGCUUUAGUCCAAGAUGCAGCAAGAUUUUUGUCUCAAGGCGUUGCAUUACGAAGUGGAGUUGCUGGUGAACGAUAUCCUAUUAAUUUCUUGGCUGCCGUGAAAAACUCUUUGGGAACGAGAAAACUUUUCAAAUACAAAGCAUUAGGUCAAACGUAUUCCGACGGGGCUGAUGUGUUGAAAUGUUCAGGGCCCCUAGAAUCUGACCCUAAAGCUGAAGAACUGCAGUAUAAGAUAUCUGCUGAAAUGCAAAGAGGAGUGCCACCAAAACUUUCGCCCGCACUUGCUGCUGAUAUAAAUGUUACGAUGGAUGACGCUUCUAAGCAUUUAGCUAAAGUUGGAAUGGAAAAAGGAGAAGCACUCCAGCACUUGGUGAAUCUGAUGAAGGAUCAAGGUGACGCUCCAUUGGGUACGAUUCAAGGCUACCAACAGUCGUACAAUGAUGGAGCAAGACGAAUUGAACAAAGCAAGAGUUUGGCGACCGAAAAGGUUGAAAAGGGGCUUUAUGAGAGUCUGAAAGAGAAAUUUACAUCCUUGGUAGAAUCCAAACCAAAGAAAGAACAUGCAAAGGUUAUGCCAGGAGUUGUAGAUGACGCUUCAAAAUUUCUUGCAUCUCCACUUCCUGAAACUGACGAAGAGAAACGCCAAGUGCUAGCGGACCUAAUGGCACGAAAGGAAGAUGAAAUUAUGAGAACAGAGGGAAUUUACAAAAUCACGUACACCGAAGCCGGGCAGGACAUUAUUCACGCACCCGUCGGUGUGACGACGGCGCGAGACGAAAACGCUAAGCGGGAAAUACACGAAAGCAUCAAGUCUGUUAUACCAGACGAAAAGAAGAUUCAAGAUAUUUUAAAAGGUUUUUCCGUCGCUUACGUGUUAACAGGUCUUAUUAUGAGGAUUACACCAUCAACCUGUCUGUAG